AUGAAUGCGUUGUCAUUGAAUAUUAAUGCAAAGAACCGUGAAUUAUUUACUAUCAAACCUAUAAUUUUAUUAGAAAGAUGUUUUGGCAUUUUCCGUUUUCGCGUCGAGGGAGAAUUGUGUUUACCAGCCAAUCGAAGAAUGCGAAUUUUUGGAUUUUUAAUUUGUACAACCAUUGCCAUAUUCUGUUCAGUAUUGACGAGUGAUUUCGUUACGGAUUACAAUAUUGCUAGGAUUGCUGUAAUCGCACCAAGUUUAAUGAUUUUCUUACAGUAUACAGUAGCAAUAUUGAUGCAGUUAUUUGUCAAGGAUUACGAUUUUGUUAAGUUAUUCACCUUACUAGAUAAUAUCGAUUGUUCUUUACGUAUUAAUAUGGACGAUAAUUUCUACAAGAAGUCCCGAGUGGAGACAAUGAAGCUUUCAGCCUUGCUCGGUGUUACUUACGUUACUCUGACGUUAUUCGAUAUAUUUAAUGAAGUCGAAAUUAAGAUGGAACAACUUUUAUCUGUCAUUGUUUAUUUAGAAAUUGAAUUGGAAGUCUUGUUCUUUUAUAUAUUGACUGGAAUGCUUCGGAAACGUGUGACCAUAAUAAACAAAUAUUUUACCAGAUUUAUAACGCAUCAAUUUUACAAAAAAACUUUUAAAUUUAAUCGGUGUAAUACCGUUUACGUUAUUGAAGAUUGUGUUAACCAUAUUGGACGUGCUUCUGAUAAUAAUAUGAGAAUUCGUGAUUUGGCAGAAACGUACUAUCAGAUUGGCAAAGUAUGUGAAAUAAUCAACAGAAAAUUUAAUUUACUUUUAUUUACAACUUUCGUUGCAUCUUUCUCAUUUAUAAUAAUUACAUUUUGGACAUCGUUGUACUAUUUUCAAUCGAAUAAAACCUAUAGAUAUUUAUUAAGGAUAGUGGUAUGGAGCUUUACCCAAAUAAUUGUAGUGGCAGUGUUGUCUAUAAAUUGUGACAAACUUCUACAGGCAAAAGAAAAAACUAUACUUUUAAUUAACACCCUCGUUAUGGAUUAUGAUCUACCGAAAGGUAUGAGGAUGCAGGCCAAGGUAUUUAUGGAAACAUUAAAAGUCUGGCCACUUCGAGUUUUCGUUUACGACAUGUUUUGUAUAGAUUUCCAAAGUAUAUUUAAAAUUAUAGGUGUGUGUGCAUCAUAUUUGAUUGUGGUUAUUCAAGUAACUCAUUUUGUGUAA